AUGGACUACGAUUUCAGCAAUUGUCAAAGAGAAGCCUCUCUUCAUAGCCAAGGGACUAAAGGAAUCUUUACACAGUCAGAGGUGAUCCAUGAGAAGGGGAAAGAGAUGGAAGAGCAGAACCCAGGAGGACGUGGAAAUGGCGAGUCAGCAAAGAAAGGCCUCCAUCCCACCCAAGCUGGGUGUGGUGUUGAAUUCUGGGAAAGCCUGGUGCCAGAUAUCCAUUAUCAACUCACUGCAAUCUCAGAUAUACAUUGCCAGCGCUUCCGGCAGUUCUGCUACUGUGAGGCUAAUGGGCCCCGAGAGGUUUGCAGCCAGCUUCACGGGCUUUGCAGCGACUGGCUGAAGCCAGAGAGGUGCACCAAGAAGCAAAUAUUGGACCUGGUGAUCUUGGAGCAGUUCCUGACUAUCUUGCCACACAAAAUGCAGUGCUGGGUGUGGGGACCAUCAGUGAAGACAGAAGCUACAUUCCCUGAGGCAGAAGAAGCUUCCCUGGAGCAGGCUCAGGAGCAGGCCCAAGUUGACCUGUCCUGUGGCGACAAACCUUUGGAAUGCUCAGAGUGCGGAAAGAGAUUCAGUAUAAGGAGGAAUCUUCAACGGCACCAGAGAAUCCACACAGAGGAGAAACCUUUUGAUUGUUCAAGAACCCACACAGGGGAGAAACCUUUUGAAUGCUCAGUGUGUGGGAAAAGAUUCAGUAUGAGGGGGAAUCUACAACGGCAUCAGAGAACCCACACAGAAGAGAAACCUUUUGAUUGUUCAGUGUGCGGAAAGCGAUUCAGUCACAGUGGCACUCUUCAACUGCACCAAACAACCCACACAGGGGAGAAACCUUUUGAAUGCUCAGUGUGUGGGAAGAGAUUCAGUCGGAGUGACCAUCUUCAACAGCAUCAGAGAACCCACACAGGGGAGAAACCUUUUGAAUGCUCAGAGUGUGGAAAGCGAUUCAGUCACAGUGGCACUCUUCAACUGCACCAAAGAACCCACACAGGGGAGAAACCUUUUGAAUGUUCUGUGUGUGGAAAGAGAUUCAGUCGGAGUGGCCAUCUUAAACAGCAUCAGAGAACCCACACAGGGGAGAAACCUUUUGAAUGUUCAGAGUGUGGAAAGAGAUUCAGUCACAGUGGCACUCUUCAACUGCACCAAGCAAUCCACACAGGGGAGAAACGUUUUGAAUGCUCACUGUGUGGGAAGCGAUUCAGUCAGAGUGGCCAUCUUCAACGGCACCAAAGGACCCACACAGGGGAGAAACCUUUUGAAUGCUUAGAGUGUGGAAAGCGAUUCAGUCAUAGUAGCAGUCUUCAACUGCACCAAAUAACCCACACAGGGGAAAAACCUUUUGAAUGCUCAGUGUGUGGAAAGAGAUUCAGUCAGAGUGGCAAUCUUCAACUUCAUCAAAGAACCCACACGGGGGAGAAACCUUUUGAAUGCUCAGAGUGUGGAAAGAGAUUCAGUCAGAGUGGCACUCUUCAACUGCACCAAACAACCCACACAGGGGAGAAACCUUUUGUAUGUUCAGUGUGUGGAAAGAGAUUCACUCAGAAUGGCCAUCUUCAGCAGCAUCAAAGAACCCACACAGGGGAGAAACCUUUUGAAUGCUCAGUGUGUGGAAAGAAAUUCAGUUGGAGUGGCCGUCUUCAACUGCAUCAAAGAACCCACACAGGGGAGAAACCUUUUGAAUGCUCAGUGUGUGGAAAGACAUUCAGUCGGAAUGGCCAUCUUCAACGGCAUCAGAGAACCCACACAGGGGAGAAACCUUUCAAAUGCUCAGAGUGUGGAAAGAAAUUCAGUUCGAGUGGCAAUCUUCAGCGGCAUCAGAGA